AGAAGCACUUUGCUUUGACAGAUAAAAUUUUUGUGGCUGUUUACAUACAAAAGAGCAGUCACAUAUAGCUAUCGACUGCUUUAACUGCAUAAACAAUAUUUUUUUUUCUUUUCUCUUGAGGUUAUUCAUUAUGGGUAAAUCAAGACCUCGUUUUAACGAAAAGGCCCGUGCUUCUUCUAAAAGACCCAACCAAAGACCUCAUCCAAAAGCAAGGGACGGAGGUCUUGCUUCACAACUGUUUGAUUCUUCUCAACAAGAUGAUCAACCCAAAAAAGAAGCAUACCAAUCAACUUAUGAUUGUACCUUCUGAUAAGAAAGAAGAAGAAGAAUCUAAAGACAGUAAAAAGACACCUUCAUUCAAAGAACCCAUCAAAUACAUGUCUAAAAAGAAGAAAAGAAAGAUGGAAAAGUAUAUUGAACAAAAAUUGAAAAAAGAUGCUCGUGCAGGUCUAUUGGAGAAAUUGUCGAGUGCAUCAUGGUCUUCCGAUCUACUCAAGUCUUCCAAGCUGAUUGGUCGAUCAGGCCAAACAUUGCGUGAACAGUUGCGUCAAGCCAUGUUGGAACAAAAAGCAGGUGUGCCGUUGACGAAUGAUGAUGUGCCCCUUGUGGUUGAAAAAGAAGUCGAGGAUUUGGCUCCUAUGCCAGAGAUGGUUUAUGCAGAACCUACGCCAGUCGAUCAACCUGUCGUUGGAAGUGCAUUAAAAGCAGGCACCACAUUGAUCAAGCGUAAAAGAAAGAAGAAGCAAUCCACCAUUCCUUCCAUUGCAAAGAAACGCUACAAACAAAGAAAGGGUAUGGAUUCUGAUUCUUCAUUUGAUAGUUCGGAUUCUGCAAAUGAUUCAUCAUCUUCGGAAGACGAACAAGAGCGCACCAAACCCGAUAGUGAUCAUGAAGAAGAGAAGGGCCAACCUCAACCUACUCAUUUAGAAGCAGUAACAGAAGCUACCAAGACGAUUGUUGCACCUAUUCCUCAAAGAAAGGAAGAAGAAUUUGAUGAUAUCAAGCUCGAAUUACUCAAGAGUAACCGAGAAGGUGACUUGGCUCAAGAUGAAGCAAAGCCGUUUUAUGUGCCUGUAAAUCGUAAGCCAGAGAUCCAAGAAGCACGUCUCAAGUUACCUGUGGUGGGGGAGGAACAAGUGAUUAUGGAAGCCAUUCGUAACAAUACAGUGGUCAUCAUUUGUGGUGAAACAGGUUCUGGUAAGACAACGCAAGUGCCUCAAUUCUUGUAUGAAGCAGGCUGGUCUCAUCCUGACAGCGAUAACCCUGGCUUGAUUGGUGUUACUCAACCACGUCGAGUAGCUACUGUCAGUAUGGCGAAACGUGUAGCAGAAGAAUUGAACCUGUCAGAUAAAGAAGUAUCCCAUCAAAUUCGUUAUGAUGCUACUGUCUCUGACAAGACACGUAUCAAGUUCAUGACAGAUGGUGUCUUGUUGCGUGAAAUGUCGCAAGAUUUAUUGCUGACUAAAUAUUCGACCAUUAUUAUUGAUGAAGCCCAUGAACGCAACUUGAACACAGAUAUCUUGAUUGGUGUUGUGAGCCGUGUGCUUAAGCUAAGAGCAGAAUUAAGCAGAGAAGACCGUCAAAAGAUCAAACCUUUACGUGUCGUCAUCAUGUCUGCUACAUUGCGUGUGUCUGAUUUCACAGAGAACAAGACUUUGUUUCCUCAAGUACCUCCUGUUAUCAAUGUCAACGCUCGUCAAUACCCUGUUGCCAUUCAUUUCAACAAAAAGACGCCUUUGGACCAUGUGAAUGAAGCCUACAAAAAGAUUUGCAAAAUUCAUGAACGAUUGCCUACAGGUGGUAUUUUGGUCUUUUUGACAGGUCAGAAUGAGAUUAACCAGUUGUGUAAGCAACUUCGUAAGCGGUAUCCUGCAUUGCCUCCUCAGGCCAAUAAAAAAGAAAUGAAGGCAGAAGAGCAAGCGAUCAAGAUGGAAUCAAAGCAAGUCCAAGAACCAGCUGGUAAGACAGAUAUGGAACCAGAAGCCAUUGAAUUGGGACAAGACGAUAAUGAGCAAGAGGAAGAAGAUUUUGAUCUUAGCAGUGACGAAGAAGAGAAUGAUAUUGCUGAAGGUUUUGAAGAUGAAGAAUUAACUGAUGUAAAAGAUGCUCCUUUGCAUGUAUUGCCCUUGUAUUCCAUGUUGCCUACAGAAGCUCAAUUGCGUGUAUUCCAACCUCCCCCUGAAGGCACUCGUCUGUGUGUGAUUGCUACUAACGUAGCCGAAACAUCUGUCACUAUUCCUGGUGUACGCUAUGUCGUUGACUGUGGUAAAUCUAAAGAACGCAAAUACAAUGUAGAGACAGGCGUUCAAUCAUUCGAGAUUGACUGGACUUCACAAGCUUCUGCAGGCCAACGUGCUGGUCGUGCUGGUAGAACAGGUCCAGGCCAUUGUUAUCGCUUGUUUUCUUCUGCUGUUUUUGAUCAUGAAUUCAGCAAAUUUUCUACGCCUGAAAUUCAUCGUAUGCCUAUUGAAGGCGUCGUGUUAAGCAUGAAGGCCAUGAAUAUCGACAAUGUGGUCAACUUCCCUUUCCCUACACCACCUAAAAGAGAGACUUUGUUUAAAGCAGAGAAACUGUUGGGCUAUUUAGGUGCUAUCAAUACAACCACAAAGCGCAUUACCGAAUUUGGUCAGACCAUGUCUUUGUUCCCCAUCACACCACGCUUUGCUAAAAUGUUGAUUAUUGGUCAACAGCAUGGUUGUUUGCCUUAUGUGAUUGCCAUUGUGUCUGCAUUGUCAGUAGGAGAUCCUUUUAUUCAAGACUAUCAUUUGGAUGAAAAUCAACCUGAAGACGAGGACGAAGAUGACUUGGAACACCGUGAAUUACAAAACAUCAAGAACGAGUCAUUUGCAGAAAAAGAAAAGCGUAAGCUUGUUCGAAAGAAGUAUUAUACAGCGCAAAUGAAACAUGCUGGUUUGGACCCUACAAGUGAUAUUCUUAAGUUACUGAACGUCGUUGGUGCUUAUGAAUAUGCUGGUGCUACCACUUCUUUCUGUGAAGACAAUUUCCUAAGGCCUAAAGCAAUGGAAGAAAUCAGAAAAUUAAGACGCCAGUUGACGAAUUUAGUGUCAAGUAAUUUCCCAGACAUUGAUAUCUGUCUUGACCCUAAAAUGAAGCCACCUAGCCCUACACAACUCAAAGUAUUAAGGCAAGUACUGACUGCCGGGUUUAUUGAUUCUGUGGCUAUUCGUCAAGAUGUAUUGGAUACAGGAGGAGGAAAAGGCACACGUUAUAAGAAUUCACGUAAUGUGGUUUAUCGUCUAUUAUGGAGUGAUGAAGAAGCCUUUAUCCAUCCAAACUCAGUCUUGUACAGUCAAGAACCACCUGCUAUGCUUGUCUACAGUGAACUCUUCAAGGGCACAAAUAAAGCAUGGCUCAAAGGUGUGACUGCAGUAGAAUCUAAAUGGAUUGCAAAUAUUGGUAAAGACUUGUGUUCGUUUGGUCGUCCUUUAGAUUUCCCUCUGCCUAAAUUCAUUGGCGAUAAAAAGGAUCGUAAACUGGUUUAUGUUGUACCUAGUUUUGGUCCCAAGAGUUGGCCAUUACCACCUAUCCAGGUAGAACAACGUAGAGAAGGCACUCGAUGGGUGCUUUCCUUAUAAACAUAUAUAUAUAUAUAUAUAUAGACUGUAUAAUAAUAAUAACAAUAAUAAAAAUAAGAUGGUAACACAUAUAUUAGAUUUAUCAUGC